AUGGCCGAACCGCAGGAUUUGCCGGUCCCCAACGUCUCCCAGACUCCAAUCACCCCCGCGACAACAAAACCGUCCCCCUCUUUAUUAGCUUGUUUGCUAUGCCGCCACAAGCAUCUGAAAUGUGAUGGACAAACUCCCGUCUGUGGGCGCUGUCUUUCAACCGGCUCAGAAUGUCAAUACACAAAAUCCCGCCGAGGCUAUCAAGGCUCCAAAAAACGCCGCGCUAUUGACUCUCCUGAUACUCCUCUUGUUGAAUCUGCCGAUAUAGUCAAUAUACCUGUGGAGUGGUCUGGUCAGGAGACAUUCCAUUAUAAUGCCACCGUCCCAGUUUCAGUGUCUGGGUCCGUUAGUCCUGGUAUGAACGACAUGUCCGUCACAAUGGCCCCACCUGUCGCGCGCUCUUUCACUGGGCCGCUGACUCCCGAGUCGGCCUCGUCGGCCGCUGCUGAUGGGUACCUCCUCGAUAUCUACUAUACCUAUUUUCAUUCGGCCCAUCCAAUCCUGCCGCCUCUUCGGUUCCAUUUUCGUUCUCCCUUUCCGCCAUUUUUGGAACAUGUCAUGAAAUUUAUUGCCUCCCACUUUUCCCCGGCAGCCUCCAGUGAUACAUACCGUCCCAAUGUAGUCACUGGAGUGCACGAGCAAGACUCGUCGGUCGAAAAGGUUCAGGCACUUCUCCUGUUGGCGAUUGUGUUGCACUCACGUAAUGAACGGAGUGAAGCUGGAGUGUGCUUAGCUGCUGCUGUGGACGUGGCAUUCGAGCUUGGCAUGCAUCAAGCGACGUUUGCCGAGUUUGCCAGCCAUGGAGAUCCGAUUCGCGCAGAGUGUUUGCGCCGAACAUGGUGGGAACUCUUCGUAAUUGAAGGCCUGCUCACAGCUCUGGGAGUGCAGCAGGUGUACCGCACCAACCAGGUGCCGCUUGUAGUGUCGCUGCCAUGUGAAGAGCGCAUUUAUCAGGACGGUAUCGCCCCACCUAUGCCUCCAACCAUCGCUCAAUUUAACAAUCGUUUCUUUGAUGACGAUGAGCGGGACUUUUCGUCCUACGCUUAUCGAAUUGAGGCUGUGCGGGUCCUUGGCGAAGUAGUGGCGACGCAGGAUAUGGAGAAAGGACAACAGGAGCGUGUUGAAGCUAUUGACGCGCGCAUUGCUAGCUGGUUCCACCAUCUCCCUGAUUCAAAGGCUGAGUUGAUCCGGCCAGAUGGAUCCAUCGAUGAGAUCAUGUUCCAGGCCACUAUGAUCAUUAACGGUGCGACCAUUUACUUGAAUUUCCCACGGUCGGAUCUCUUGUCGUCUCCCGCCGUUGCGUCGGAGGUUAUCUGUGGUCAUUCUGGCCCGAUUAGUGUUCCUGCCUUCUCUCAUCACGCGCAUGCCAUGAAGGCCGUCAAUGCAGCGAGGGAACUUUCUUCGCUUGCGGCUAUUCGUUUGCCAGUAGAGCGCCACACUCCAUUCUUCAUCUGCGCUCUCACACUCAGCUCUAUUGUCCAGCUGGCCGCCUGCUCCGUCAAGGCAGGCAGCAUGCCAGACCCCAGCCGUGAUCGUAUUGGUCUCACCAUUGGCGUUUUCAAGUCUCUGGGGAGAACCUGGGCCAUUUCACAAUCCAUCAUGCGUCAAAUCAAGGCCGUGUCUCGCGACGUAUUGGAACUUGGCGUGCGACCAACUAUGGAUCAAAUGGAUCUGACCUCGAUGCUUGAUACUGGACUCUUCUGGCCGCAGGACGGGCCCAGCUGA